AUGGCGAACACCAUUCCCGCUGAGCUGCGAUCUGCUGAUAUCGGGCGUUUCGCCAUUCGAGCUGCCCAGAUCGAGAAAGUGAAGCCGGUAGUAGCCUACUGGUGCAAUUUUCAUAUCGUGAACCAGAUUAUCGAGCGAGGACUGCACUCGGACGAUGAAAUAAAAACUUAUACCACCAACUUGGUGGAAAAGCUGGAACAGUUCAAAAGUGAAAACCCCGAGAAUGAAACAGUUACAGACAAUGUUGCAGCGAAUGCAUACGUUGAGCAGUUCGCAUUGGAGGUUUUCAAUCGUGCCGAGGCAGCCAUGACCGCGAACAAGGUCACCAAACAAACAGUCGACACAUUCCAAGCUGCCGCUACGUUCCUUGAGCUAUGCCAGGUCUGGGGAGAUCUUGAUCCGGAGAUCGCCGGCCGAAUCAAAUUCGCUAAGUACCAUGCUCUUCGAAUUGUGAAAGCUAUCAAGGCUGGCGAGGAUCCCAAUGCGAGCAACCCAGCACCAAAGGAGACGGAAGAUGUUUCUGUCGCAGAUCCGGACGUACAGGCGUUUGAUGAGUCCGUGGCAGCCCAGGCUUCGAGGCCACGACAGCCCUCGGUGGAGGAAAUCCCAGACGAGGCGGACCGGCUUGGACGGCAGAUGGCUUAUCAAUCCAAUAUUGACGAGUCAUUACAUCCAUCUCGAACAUCAUCUAUUCCACCAACCGCAAACACAGCUCCGCCUGAGAUUCCUUCCGUCCCACGCAAUGCGCCUGGCUCACCGGGCCAGAUUAUGGACCUAGAUCAGCCGCAUGGGGGUGAACUGGAGCUUCCAUCCACCCCAUCCCGGAUUGGGGAUGUUGCGAGAAGCCCAGCGGCAGUUCCAGAUCUCCCUGACACUCCUGGAUCUUCAAUUCUUCACACAACCCACGCCCCACACCACUCUAAUGCCUUCCAGUCGUUCCCGCCUCCAGCUGCUGCCAGCCCAUCGAUUGCAGCACCAGAUCCAGCCUCCUUUUACGACCCAUCCAGUGCAAGCGCCCACAUUUCUCCGCCGGCAGCUCCUUCUUCCAUUCCGUCUACCACUGCCCCUGCUCCUGUUGUCCCUGUACCCUCAGCCCCAAGUCAAUCCUCACAUGGGGUGGAUGACCAAUCAAUUUCCCUAGCGCAAAAGCAUGCGCGGUGGGCAGUCUCUGCUCUAACUUUCGAUGAUGUGGACACAGCAAUUAAGGAAUUGAGGAAUUCUCUACGAUAUCUAGGUGCAGAAUGA